AUUCUUUUAUAAAGUUUUGAACGUGCUUGUCAGACGUAAAAAUACAAAUUUACGUCUUAUUAUGGUGCGUUUGAACAAUCAGCUGCCGGAUAACCUUCCGCAGCUGCAGAACCUGAUCAAGCGUGAUCCUGAAUCCUACAGCGAUGAGUUCCACACGCAAUACGAACAUUUUUUAAGUUUACUUGAAAUCUUCGCAUUGAAUCCGGCCGAGGAAAACAAAUCGUUGGACGAAAUAGUGAUGUUUAUUGCUCAGGUGGCACAAUGCUAUCCACAGGUGUGCCAGCAGUUCCCAAAACACCUGACGGAUUUGUUAAAGAGCAGUGCCACUGUCUUAGAUCCUGCGAUGAGGAAUUCCUUUGUCAAAGCGCUGAUUCUGCUGCGUAAUAAGAAUCUGGUACCACCUUUGGAUAUAUUGGAAUUAUUUUUUCAACUAUUGCGCUGCCAGGAUAAGAAUCUGCGCACCUUCUUGCAAACCCACAUCGUAACGGAUAUUAAAAACAUGAAUGCGAAGCACAAAGAUAUGAAACUUAAUUCGAGUUUGCAAAACUUUAUGUAUGGCAUGUUAAAGGACGCCAAUCCCAAGGCUGCCAAAAUGUCGGUGGAUAUCAUGAUUGAGUUGUACAAGAAGAACAAAUGGAACGAUGCCAAGACAGUGAACGUGAUUGCCAGCGUAGGCUGCUUCUCGAAUAUAACAAAGGUACUUGUCACAUCGCUUAAGUUCUUCCUUGGUCACGAUGAUGAGGACGAAGCUGGUAGCGAUUCAGAAAGCGAGGAGGAGGUGGAUCUGAAAGGUGCGUUAAUGGCAAAUCGUGUGAACAAAAAGACGAAGAAACGCCAAAAGCAGCUGCAACAGAUUAAGAAGCAAGCGGUCAAAGCGCAAAAGAAAAAGAAAAAUGCGCCAGCCUUCAACUUCUCUGGCAUUCAUCUGAUACACAAUCCUCAGGGCAUGGCCGAGGGUCUGUUUAAGCAGCUGCAGUCGAGCAACGAACGCUUUGAAGUCAAGCUAAUGCACCUGGAUGUCAUCUCUAGACUAAUAGGCAUUCAUGAUCUAUUUCUGUUUGGCUUUUAUCCAUAUAUCACACGGUUUCUGCAGCCGCACCAGCGGCAGGUGACUCGCAUCCUUCAAUUCGCUGCACAGGCCUCCCACGAGUUGAUUCCGGGUGACGUUAUUGAGCCCAUCUUGAAGACAAUUGCAAACAAUUUCAUCACCGAGCGCAAUUCCAGUGACGUCAUGGCAAUCGGCUUGAAUGCCACUCGAGAGAUUUGCAUGCGCUGUCCUUUGGCCAUGGGAGAGGACUUGCUGCAGGAUCUGGCCAUGUACAAGACAUAUAAGGAGAAGUCCGUGAUGAUGGCCGCGCGCUCCUUAAUCACGCUCUAUCGCGAACAGCUGCCUGCUAUGCUGCACAAAAAGGAUCGAGGCAGACAAACGGAGGCACAGGCUGAGCGCAAGGUGAGGGCCUAUGGCGAAAAGGAUGUCAAGGAUACUGUGGUGGGUGCAGAGGUGUUGCUCAAGGACUCGAAGACAAUUGACAUCGGCAGUGACGAUGACGACACGGAUUCCAAUGAUGGCGAGUGGGUGACUGUGACCCACAGCGAUAACGAGGAUCGAUGCGAUGAGCAGGCCAGCGAAAGCGAAAGCGAUGAGGAGGACGAGGACGACGAUGAAGAAGAGGAUGAUGAGGACGAUGAGGAUGAUGAUGAAAAGGCAGAGGCAGAGGCGGAAGAGUCCGAUGAAGGCGUUUCCAGUGAUUGCGGAGAGUCAACACGCAAGGAGAAAAAGGAAAACGCAAAAUCGUCUAAGGCAGAAAUAAAAGUGCUCGACCAGAAGGAAGCUGCGCAGGAGCUGGCUUUGACGCGCAUCUUCACUGAUGAGGACUUCAAGCGCAUCAAUGCAGCCAACCUGAAGAAAACGGUGACAAGCGCACGGAAACGUCCUCUGGAGCAGGAUCGAGCCGAGUUUGUGAAGCUAAACAGCAUCGAGAUGAUUUAUAAGAAACGUAAACACGAUAAGGAAUCACGAUUGGAGACGGUGCAGGCGGGACGACAGGAUCGCGAGCGUUUCGGCUGGAAGGAUGGUCGCGUGAAUGAGAAUUGCUCGAAGACGAAUCGAGAGAAACGCAAAACGAAGAACUUUGGUAUGUUGCGUCACAAAGCACGCUCCAAGGUGAAGAAGAGCUUCAGGGAUAAGCAGCUGGCCAUGCGCAAGCAUCUACUGCAUCAGAAAAAGAUGAAGUAGACGCUGGACUGGCAGAUGGAACAGCGGCUGAUGAAGUGGAAAAGGAAUUGGACAAAGCUGAAGUGGAU